AUGGCAGGAGACAGAGCUUCGCCGGCUCGUCUGCAGUCGGCGUCGCCCAAAUCAGAGAAAUCUUCGCCAAGGCGCUUACAGUCGUCGUCUCCCCGAGCGGAGCAGCAGCCCGAUGCACCCAUUGCAGUUGAUGAUUCGGAACCUGAAGAAGAUGGCUAUGAGACCAGCUCCAAUCCUGCAACUUCUAUUGCCUCCAGCGUUCGUGACUUCAACUUUGAGAACAAGCGACGCUACCACAAGUUCAAGGAGGGCCGGUAUCUAUUACCAAAUGACGAUUUGGAACAAGAGCGUGAGGAUAUGAAGCAUGCUUUGGUACUUCACGUGUGCGAAGGAGUUCUUCAUAAUGCCCCGCUUGAGAACCCCCAGAAAAUUCUUGACGUCGGCACUGGAACUGGCAUAUGGGCUAUGGACAUGGGUGACGAAUACCCGGAGGCUGAGAUCACUGGAAUCGAUCUGAGUCCGAUUCAGCCAGGAUAUGUACCUCCAAAUGUCCACUUUAUUGUCGACGACGCCGAGGCAGACUGGAUAUACACAGAGGGCUCAUUUGACUACAUUCAUGUACGCAACAUGUCUGUGGCGGUCAAAGACUGGCCUAAGCUGUUAUCUCAGGCGUACAAGGCUCUCAAGCCUGGUGGCUGGAUUGAAUUGCAGGACCUUGUCUGGGACUUUGCAUGUGACGACGGUACAGUCGGCCCUGAUUAUACUCCCAAAAAGACCGUUGAGCUUCUUGACGAAGCCCUAACGAAAUUUGGUAUGGAUCUCAACGCAGGCGAGAAGUUUGGAGGGUGGAUUGCCGAUGCUGGGUUCGUCAACACUAUUCACGACAAGAAAAAGGUUCCGGUUGGCACUUGGCCAAGAGACCCUCACAUGAAGGCCAUCGGAAACUACUGUCGCGCCGUCAAUUACGAUUCCCUUGGUGGAAUUACGAACGUGCCUUUCACCAAAGGACUGGGUUGGUCGCAGCUGGAGAUCGAGGUGUUCUUGAUCCAAGUGCGCAAGGACUUGACAAACAACGCGUUCCACCCUUACCAUCACUAUCAUUCGUUUUCUGGCCAAAAGCCUGAGGAGAAGGCUUAA